AUGAUGAAAACGAGACACUCUCGGAUUCGGAAAUCGACCAAGCCCUCCUGGACGCUUACGCUCACGCUGCUCGUCACCUGCUGCUUCCUCGUUCUCAUUCUCCUCACUCUCCGCAUUCUCUCCGUUACCAAUGCUAACUCCUCCUCUGCUCUCUCCAAGCCCAACGAUCUUAGCUCCAUCGCUCGUAACUCUCACGUAAGCCAAGAAGGCGACGAUCAGGGAGAGAAGUGGGUUGAAAUAAUAUCCUGGGAGCCCAGAGCUUUUCUCUAUCAUAAUUUUCUGACCAAGGAGGAAUGCGAAUAUCUAAUUAAUAUAGCGAAGCCAAACAUGCAUAAAUCAUCAGUUGUUGAUAGUGAAACUGGAAAGAGUACAGACAGCAGAGUACGGACUAGCUCUGGUGCUUUUCUGGCCAGAGGACGUGAUAAAAUUGUGAGGGAUAUUGAAAAAAGAAUUGCUGAUUUUACUUUUGUACCCGUAGGCCUGCAUGAGACUGAUAUCUGUGAAGUUGAACAUGGUGAAGGACUUCAAGUUCUCCAUUAUGAAGUUGGACAAAAGUAUGAGGCUCAUUUUGACUACUUUCAGGAUAACUUUAACACUAAGAAUGGGGGACAGCGGAUAGCAACAAUGCUGAUGUACCUUUCAGAUGUCGAAGAAGGGGGUGAGACAGUGUUCCCAGAUGCGAAGGGAAAUUUUAGCUCUGUGCCUUGGUGGAAUGAGCUUUCUGAAUGUGGAAAAGAAGGACUUUCAAUUAAACCAAAGAUGGGUGAUGCUUUACUUUUCUGGAGCAUGAAGCCUGAUGCAACCUUAGAUCCAUCUAGUUUGCAUGUUAGGGGCGGAAGAAAAAUGUAUGAAACGAAUAGAUGGAAUGAGUAUAGACCACAGGCUUUUCACGCGGUGUUUUAUGUUUCCGAUCAUAAGUUCAUGGAGACAAUUCCCUUCCCUGGCUCCGUACAACCUAUUGAGGCCACCAUUUGCAUAGCAAACGGCACUCGAAUUUUCUGGGAUACCCACAUGGAGUUUGUGCCAAAUCAAUGCCCUUUGAUGGGUUACUCCGGCAAUUUCGUAGAGAGGGUCAAAAGGGUUGGUACCCUCUUUGUCUCAGCCAUCAUUGGGAACAUUUUAUCAGCGAUCUUGACCUUCUGCUUCGCAUUAGUGGGCACUUUGUUGGGGGCUAUGACUGGAGCCUUGAUAGGCCAAGAGACAGAGAGUGGUUUCAUUAGAGGAGCUGCUAUUGGUGCCAUAUCAGGAGCUGUUUUCUCCAUUGAAGUGUUUGAAUCUUCCCUUCUUCUUUGGAAAUCUGACGAAUCUGGAAUUGGGUGUGCCUUAUAUUUGAUUGAUGUUUUUGCUAGCCUAUUGAGUGGGAGACUAGUGCGUGAAAGAAUAGGUCCAGCCAUGUUGAGUGCUGUCCAAAGUCAGAUGGGUGCGGUUGAAAUAAGCUUUGAUGAGGUUCAAAACCUCUUUGACAUAGGUGUGACCAAAGGCUUGGCGAGAGAUUCAGUAGAAAAGAUCCCAACGAUCACAAUUACAAGUGACAACAAUGUUGAUGCUUCUGGGGAGAGAGUUUCAUGUUCUGUUUGCCUCCAGGACUUUCAGCUUGGGGAGACUGGUAGAAGUUUGCCUCAUUGUCAUCACAUGUUUCACCUACCUUGCAUUGAUAACUGGUUGAUCAAGCAUGCUUCUUGUCCAUUAUGCAGAAGGGAUCUGUAA